AAUGUAACAGCCGUUGGUUAGGAAGCGGAUGCAAAACCCUCGUUCUUUGCUUGGUGAGAGUUUGGUGAGAGUUUGGAUAGCUUCUAACCUAAGCUGUCAUUGCAUCAACAUAAGUGUAAACGUAGCUGCAAUUGAGGACAGAACUCUUGAAGGCAUAGCAGAAGCUGGUCUCGAUUGGCUGGUCUGAAAGCGUACAAGAAUAUUGGUUCUUCAGUUUUGUUCGUGAGGACAAAAACGCCCUCAGCAAAUUCAUUAUAACCGGUACGUCUUGCAGUAGCAGCUGUAUAACAAACAUAACGUAACCCCGCGUCAUAAUCGAGCUUCUUUGUUCGAUAUCUUGUAGUAGAAAGCAUCUGAGGCCACGGAAGUACCACCUUGGUGAACUCAGCGUGUGGCAAAAAAUCAAAGUUUCUAAGGAAGAAGCUAUCUGCUGCAUAUCACAACGAUAAUCAGACCUUGGAUAAAGAUGGAAGACAAAAAAUGCAAAUAUGUCAAACUUGUGCGGGACCAGUGUCUACAAAAGGGUGUUGGCGGCAUCAAAGCGCUGUCCGUUGCCUUCCGUCACAUGGACGUUGACUAUUCCAAAGCCAUAUGUCUGGAAGAACUUAAAAGAGGACUGCAGCGAUACAGAAUUAACCUGAAGGACGAGGAGAUUGAGACGCUGUUCAGUACGCUAGACAAAGACCAAAGUGGACAGGUAGAUUUUGCCGAAUUUAUGAUUGCACUUCGACCCCCCAUGCCCCAGGCCCGCAUUGACGUCAUCAACGAGGUUUUUGAUAUGCUGGACACUUCAAGAGACGGAAAACUUGAAGUCAGCGAUCUCAAAGGUGUAUAUUCCCAGUACGCUCGCAAACACGAAAACUACAUUAAGGGAGUAUGGACAGAAGACCAGGUGUUACGUCACUUCCUGGAUGCGUUUGAUUCCCCGGAUGAGCCAGACGGUAUAGUAACCAGAGAAGAGUUCCUGAAUUUUUACGCAGGGGUUUCAUCAACCAUCGAGGAUACAUGUUAUUUCGACUUCAUGAUGAGACAGACGUGGGGCUUACCGAUGCGGCGAAAGUCAAAAGCAGGGAAUGCAACAUAAAUCAUUUAUGUUAGAUUCUCGCGCGAAAAUUUAAAAAGAUCCAAAUCAGAUCUAGAAG